GCUCAGCUUUCACUUCCGGGGGAGGACACACACACACUCUCACACACACAAGGCUGUAGUACAGUUGUGAUCGCAACGGAUCAUCGGACUCCUCACACUGGAUCACAGUCCACGGAUCGCAUUAGCCCCCCAGCACAGGCUGAGAGCUGAGACAACACGAGGCCCCUGUGGUGAUCCUGUCCCUGGCAUGCUGACUCUGAAUAGCUGAAGACUAAGGCAGCACACAACGUCCCGAUGAAGGAAGUUCCUUUGCCAGACACCUUGACAGCCGUGACACUUGCACAUAGCCUGUCAACGGAGGUCAUAAUUUAGAAGAUGGCAAAAUCACGAUCAAGAUCCCCCAGGUGGAAGCCCAGACCUCCCCCACAGAGAAGUCCAGAGCGUAACAGACAUAGACAAGAUUAUUACCACAAUAGCAAUGACUUCCAUAGAGACUCAAGGAGGUCAACACACUGGGAGGAUGAUCAGCAUAGGCAGAACAAUUCCAGAUUUGAUUCCUACAAUCACUUUGGUGAUAAUUCGUUUGAACAACAAGGUGCAUUUGACACCAAUCCAAGAAGAUCCCCUUUCGAGGCAAUAAAUCGACUGAAGAGAGCGUACUCUCCUGAGCGUAGAGGAGAAAGCAAUAGAAGAUUCCCACCAAAAUCUCCUGAAGAAGCAAAUUACAGAGAAAAUACUAGAAACUUCCAUAACCACAGAAAUCAUGAAAGAAAUGGUGAUAAUCCCAUGGUACAUAAUAACAAUUUUAAAGAAGUAAGACGCGAGAACAACUUUCACAGACCAUACAACAGAGACCAUAAUAAGAACUGGCAUGAAAAUGAUGGCUGUUGGAAUCAGCAUGAUCCAGCAAACCAGUAUUUGUCACCUCAUAGAAGACGACCUGAAGAACAUGAACGAAAGUCAUUUCAGAAGAGGUAUCCUGAGGAUGAUUACAGAGAACACGAGCCACAUCAUAAAAGAGCCAGAGAAGCAGAGCGACAUGACAACCGACCACCUCUGAAAAGUUCCCACUGGAAAGAUGACCAUCCAGAAAGAACAUAUUAUACCAAAGAGUGGUCAAAGGACAUGGAGUAUAGAGAUCCUACUCCAUUUGUUCAUGAGAAACAUUCAGGAGCCUUAACCAAAAUCGAAUAUGACUAUGGUCAUCAAUCACCAACACAUGUAUAUACUGAGCCUAUGUUGGAAGAUGGACACGCUGAAAGGCACAGCCAUGUUGAGAGGCACAAUUGGCAUGAAGAGAGAAAAAAUGAAUCUACCAAGACUUCUCAAUACCACAAAACAUCAGAUGGUAACAGAGAAAGGAGGAGGUAUGAUGAUAGGUCUUUGGAGCCAUUGUCUAAAUACAGUUCAAAAAAACAUGACAAUAAUAUAGUUUCCAAAAAUGAUGUUGAAGUGAAUCAGGCAAGCCAUAAGCACAAGGAAAAGAUAAGAAAAGAAGGUGAUUACCAGGGGAGAAAAGAAGAUGAAUAUCAGAAGGAUCCAAUUUCUCCACUCCAUCUAAGAAGUCAAAGUCCCCAAACUCCAGACCCAAAAGGUGUAUUGAAGAUCACUUCUGAAAAAGAAUCUAUCGUUGUUAAUUUGGAUUUGAAGAAAUCGUCGGAUAAGUAUAGACAGCUUCAUGAGCAAAGGAACAAACCCAAACACCUGCUAUCACCACUAUCUAACCCCACCCAAGGACAGGGGAUUCCAGAAGAGAAGCAAAUUUUAGUUGGAGAUAUACUGAAAAGGAGCAAUUCUACUUCCAAGGACAGACAGCUGUCUUGCGAUCUUGUAGCUGUUGCUGGAAAGGAGACAUUCCAUCCUGUGUUUGAACACCUAGAAUCUUCGUUGCAGGGUGGUGCAAAUGCAACAAAUUCUGAAUUUACUAAGAAAAUUAUAACCAUCAUUCAUGAAGUCAAGGCAAACCAUUUCAGUUCACCUGGACUGUCACUUCAUGAACGCUUCUCCAAGCUGAAAGAAGAGAGCAAUAAACAGGAGUUAACCCUUACUAACCCUACACCACAAAUCAAUCCAGAGAUUCACAGGAGGAUUGAUAUUUCUUUGGAAGAACUUCAGAGCAAAUCUCUCCACAAAACAGUGGACGUUUCCCCAGGAAGCCACAGACUAAUUGAAGAUCCAAAUGACUUGCGGCACGAUAUAGAGAGGAGGCGCAAACAGAGACUGCACAGUGAACAGAAUGGUGCCGCAGAUACUAGCUAUGGUAGCAGUGACGCUUCAAGCAGCUGUUAUACACAUCCAUACCAGGAAACCAGAGAAUUCCAGAGUUCAUCCAGGGUGAGCAGGCCACCUUUCCGGAAUUCAACAGGAAGGCCUCCAGUUAGGGGUGCAUAUUACAGAGGAAACCCCAACCAAUACCACUCUUCACUGAACAAUUUUGAAGACACUGAUGAGAUUAGAAAGCCUUACAAGGGAUGGGGGAACCCCGCUGCAAGAAUAUAAUGUUCUUCCCUGGAUUUCACAGAGACUGUGCUGCAAAAACAGAAACAAAAAAGGACUUCUAGAUUUAGAUAUGUGACUUUCAGGAGCACUGGCAUUACAAGCCCAAUAGUCUUGAUAAAAGAAAAUUAACUAUUUUUCGGUAGUAGAAUGCUGCACAACUUUUUUACGGUUUUCACAUUUUUGUAAAGACAGCAUUGGGAUGGAAGAUUACUAAGUUUCCCUGUUACUUUUUUUGCAAGAAAACUAAAAAUAUAUGCAAAGCAGUAAAAAAUGUUUUUCAAGCAGUGAUCAUCCCACCUGUGGGGCUGUCUUAUUUAUUGUGCAUAUUCCUCAAUAAGAGCAUGUUUUUGUUUGGAUUUUCUCCAUACUGUGUUUUUUGUUUUGUUUUGUUAGUUGUAAAAUUCUGUUUCAUGGUUUGUGUGUUAUUAAUGUUAAUAAAGUGCCUGAAUUGUU